UCCGCCGUCACGACGUCACAACAUCAUGCGAAAUUUGCAUUCAAAUCACUAGAAUACAAAUUUCAACCUGCGAACAAAUACGUAUCGUACUCUUCAUUAUUGAAGAUUGAUUUGCGUUCUGUAGUCAUAUUGACGUAGAACUUGAACCGUAUUUGUAGUGCCAAAACGCCAUGGAAGGCAUUCGACUUUUGGCCCAGCASAACCGGGCAGCGCAGCUACAAGCUCAUCAGCAGCAAGCCCAGGCCGCAGCAUUUGCCCAGCAACGAAGCAAUUCGAUGGUUUGGCAUCAGCAGCAGCAGCAACAACAACAUGCGGGAGCUGGUAAUGUAACCGCAGCUCAGAUGCAGAACGGAUACUCAAAUUUCAUGCCGUCAAUGAUGGCUAUGCAAGCAAGCAACAUGAACCAGAUGCCAAUGGUGGCAACCGCCAAACUAGCACCCUCCAAAAAAAAUAAGCUUAGCAACUCCACUCUUGCCGUCCGAAGCACAGUUCCGAGAUUCAACGUCGCAGGUGGAGUGUAUACAGUAGCACAGUGGGCGCGAAAGUGUGUAGAAGACAACCUCGAAUUCAUUGUUAAAAUUGCUCGCAGAGGUGAUCCAAAAACGGACAUGGCCAUGCUUGCCUAUGGCGAUGGAUGUCAGACGCUGGUGUUUUUGGACGAUGCUAUCAACAAGCUUCCGAAGAAGCUGUCUGAAAUUCCCAAAAUUCAUGUUGGGGUUUCAGCUGCUCCAAUCGAUGAUAAGAAAACCGAAUCCGAACUGGCAGCAUCCGGUGUCUUGCAACCCAUUGAUAGUUUGUGGGAUCACUUGCGAUACGAACAGGCAGUCGUGAACAAAGACAAGAAAGAGAAAAUCAUGCACAUUCAUACUAGCACGACGGUGUACGGUGAUAGUGCCACCGGUCGCCGACGGGUGCUCCAGAUCAAAACCAAUGCUCCCGAAAGUCCAUUUGUUGCCGACUCCUAUAUGAGAAACGUUGUAUUCGAGCAACAAGUUCUAGCCAAAUGGGAUGGACAAGUGCCAGGAGCAGGCCCCGURCUCGUUCAAGGCCCGACGGGCAUGGCAGCUGCAACUGGACUUGGAAGAACCAAGGCACCAACCGAAACCAAGGCGCCAACUGGAGACGAACCCAAAGAAUACUUGAUUACAUUCAAUCCCAAGGAACUCAUGCUUCUGGAAAAAGCAUUUGACAAUUGCCUGACAACACGUGACCUCAAGAGCAAAGCAGACAAAUGGACGGAAGAAGACCAAAAGAAGUGUCAACUUACCAUCAUUCGCGCCAAUAACGAAUUCAAGUACGUGCGUCCAAGAAAGCCGAACAGAAAAAAAACUGAAGUGGAGGAGAAUGAGGCACCGAAAGAAAAGGCUACCAAAGAAUCUAAAAAGAAGACCACGGCCCCAAAGAAGGUGGAAAAGAAGRUAGACCCUGUAGAUAGCGAUGAUGAGCCUCUUGUCAAUUUGAAAACUCCUGCCAAGAAGGCUCAAGGCAAGGCCAAUGCAAAGAAAACUACACCGGCCAAGAAGGCAGCCCCAGCAAAGAAAACGGCUGCGGCGAAAAAAMCAACUCCUGCAAMGUCUGCAGCACCAGCGAAAAAGACAAUCGCAGCCAAAAAAACAACCCCAGCAAAGAAAAUAACUCCUGCGAAGAAGCCAAGUACACCGGUAUCGAAGCCGAAGGCCGCAACCAAGAAAGAAUCUCCCGCGAAAAAGGCAACCACAUCGGCCAAGUCCAAAACCUCACCCACGAAGAAACCCGAAUCAAAGAAACGCACUCGUUCCACGAGUGCGGUUCCACCCGCCAAGAAAACCCGUUCCACUUCCAAAGCWAGAAGCACACGAUCCAGGAAAUAAAGCAAGCUUCUGUAGUAUUGCAAGCCAGGAAAUUUCUGAGUUUGGGGCAAAAGUCAUGGGAUCAAUCGGGCUGGGGAUUGUGGGGUGCAGUGAAUGGAAAAUGUGUUGUGUUAUAUUUUUGCGGUUGAUAAAAAACAAUUAUGAUAACGUCUUAAAUGUAUAAUGUAACUCACGAGAGCCAUUAAUGAUAAUUUAAGUUCGAUGUUAAAAAAUACUAUUAUGAACA